AUGUUCUUUUUCACAUUAAUUGUUUUAUCAUUGAGCUCUUCUGUUGAUGUCGAAUCGCUUCAGAUUGACAGUCCUUGUUUAACGGAGCUUCGAGCGGAGAGUCUUAAAUUUAUCGGGCAGAAAGGACCAGCUGGUUCGAAGUCAGUAAUUUAUAAAGAGUGUUAUGCGGGGAUUCCCGACAAGAACAAAGUAGUGACGAGUCUAUCCACGAACACACGCUGUUAUUUUGCACAUAACAGUUUUUAUCAGUCCUUUGGUGGUAUUAAUUUUGCGCGGUGUGGGAUAUGUCUUGAGUUAAUAGGACCUUCUAAGCGAACGGUAUGUACCUCAGUAGGGAGUGUAAUAAUGCAACCAACUUCUGUAGCUGAGAUGCAAGCGUAUGCUCGUACUAUAUUUAUGGAUGAGGAAUUAUUCACAUUUAUAGCAGGAAUACCUUCAGGUAUGAAUACGGGGUAUGCUAUUCCUAUAGCAACACGAAUCACUAAUUGCCCUUACCAAAACCUCCCUUUUGCUGUUGCGACAAAAAUUAUCGAUGACACUCUUACACACACUUCUAUCGCAUCUAUUGCGGUGUUUAACACUAAUGUCGUUGUAAAGAAGAUUCUCUAUAACACUACAGAAGUCAUUCAAAAUAACGUCACACUCAAAUUCGACGUCAUGUACAAUAAAAGUAAUUACGUCAACUUCAUUAAGGCGUACGACAUGUUCGGAGUCUCAAUCAAAAUCCCUUUCAAUUUCAUCGAAAAUAAAACACAGCCGGCUAUGACCCCUUUCUCGGGAAAACACUUGAAAAGCUCAAAAUGCUAUUUGAGGCUCCACGAUAAUAUUUUGAACACUUCAACUAGUGGAGACCCUUUGAUGGCAUGGAUAACGACUUAUAAAGUUUCGUUGGAUUCUUUAGACGUCAAAGUAUUAACACUCGAAAAUAAUAACUUCACAUUUGAUUCAGAAACUACUUUAAUAGUUUCAUUUCCUUUCCCAAUAGUUCUUUCUAACUAUUACUCCUCCCUCUUAUCAGUCUUCUCAGUCUCGGAAAAAGUGAUCAAUCUCAAAAUUGAAAGGUUUGCAAAGUACCCAAAUGCUGAUGAGGAAAAACGAGUGUCUUGUGUCAACGAAGAUCUCAAAAUCGCAAACUCAACAACUGAGAAUGGCACGAAUCAUUACUCGGGAUAUGUUUCAAUGAAAAGGGCAAAGUGUUUAUCUCCAAUUAAUAUCAUCAAAUUCACUCUCAACACCGGAAAACUCAAUUCCCAUCUUAUAGUACAUCAACUUGAAUUCCGCCCAUUCUCAGAAACCAAUUUCACUCAAUGCACUUUAGCGGCUUUCGUUUGUUUACCAGAGGAUCAGUGCGAUCCAACGAACUCUGAAAUAGAUGCAGACGAUGGAGAAGUCAAAACAUAUCAAGAAGGAUGUGUCCCUUAUUGUGGGGUUUGUCAUCUUGGAGAAACAUGUAACAAAAACGCACGUUGUGUCAAGUCAAUUAUUGUAAAGCCAAAUUCCACCACCACUCUAUCGAUCAUCUUGUCCUUCUGCAUUUUCUUCUUCUUCUAA